AUGCUCAUUUAUCUGCUUCCUGCUGAGCCUCAUCCGCGUCUUUAUCACGCCGUGAAUUUCUCAGACCCGUAUGAACGUGUCGCGCUCCCCACCGGCUGGGCGGCACAGUUGCACUCUAUUCAUGCUGACGAGCUUGACCCACCCACCGCCAUCCACGCUCUGGACAAGUCGAGCUGGUUGACCGCCGUGAUCGAGGAACUCGUAUUCGACCUCGUUUCUCUCACUGUCUCCUGCUCAUUCGUGAACGGGCCCACCAUCCAGUGGCCUAUGGACACCGACGACGCGUGUAUGCAUAUGCUCGCCGACGUACUUGCAGACCUGGCCCAGUCAAAAGUCGAGUCUGAUAGGGAACGCCUUACUGUUUCCCCCAAGGAAGAACCUGCUGCGCUUCCUCAACCGGUGUCCGUCAAGCCAGCGAAGCACAAGAAACAGCGUUCGAUCUUGUCUUCUCUCAUUUCGAGCUUCAACAAGCUCAGCCUCUCUUCCUCUCACGACGGUAUGCCUAGCUCGGUCUCCCCGUCCCGGCCAUCAUUUUUGCCACCCCCAUCGCCUCGUUUCCGCCCGUCGACUAUCUCAUGGAAGCCUACCGUGGCGUUUCUCCCACCGUCAAAGAAAAUGCCGUUACCGGCAGCACCAUCUCGCCCACUCUCGGCGCUGCUACAGGCGCGUGCGCGCUCUGCACUAGUGGACGCGUUCCGCCAGUUUGUGGUUCCGGUUCUUCGAGGGCGCUUUGACUUGCGGCCCGGAGGUUACUCGACGUGGGCCGCACGCGUUAUGCUGCGCCGUACAGAGGACCACAUGGCGUGGCUAGUGCAGGAGUCGGGAGGCGUGGUUCCGAAUAUCAUGGACACGAUGCCGCCUUUCAGCCGCAACGCUACUUCUUCUGGACUGUCCGGAUCGACACUUACCUCUAUCACCGACGCGUCGUUCUAUGUUGAUGACGACCUCGAGGGUGGCGGCGACCAGCAGUCCCUCACAGAUAGCGCAAGCACCGAAACAGAUGGGUCCUCCGUGCAUACACCUGUAGACUCCCCCUCUACACCGUUCGGUCACAUUUCCCGGUCAAACACGGACACUCAUCGGUCUGCCCAGUCUGUUCCUCGCUCACCGUCACCUCCAGAAUUCUCACCGGAGGACCUUGCGACAUAUACAUCGCUAUCCUCUCAAUGUGUGCGCCUCCGUCACAUGCUUUCACGUAUGGAGGCCACACGAAUGGAUGCAGAGCAGGACGAGCGCAGUUACCUUGCUGUCUUGGAGGUGAAGAGUCGUCGGCGGGCGUGGUCUAACAGAGAUUACUUGGGUGGGGCGGGUAUGGACGGGAUGGGUUUGGCCUUGCCAUUCCGGAGCUCGCCGCUCGCUCGGUGCGAUUCCGUCACGCCGGAUUGUCUUAUUAACCAUCUCGAAGUUACGACGGGCGACCACAACAUCUCGACACUGUUUCCGGUUAGCGAGGAGGACGAGGAGGAUGAGGAGGCGUCCAUUGGACUGGUGCCAGAUGCCGCACUAUGCGAUUUGGAAAGCGGACUGCUUCCGCCCUUGCAGCGUCCGUCCAUGCGUCCGAGGACGCGUAGCAUGCGCGCGCUCCACGCACUUGAAGCCGACAUGACCUUCAGCAUGGACGCGCCGACGCUUAUGAUUCCGUCUCCUUCGCCGCUCCUGCGCAAACCGACACCAAUGUCGGCGGCCCAAUCGUUACCGCCAUCGGCGCUGCUCUUCCAGCCACUGAAGAAGCCCAUGUUGGAGUCUCAGACGAAAUUCGAGCUGUUCGAUACCAUGGAGCACGAUGACGAGGACGCUGCUGCACCCGAGUUUACCCUUUCAAUGGACCUGCCUCCCCCGUAUGCGAGGAUCGGUGAUCAUGGUCAAGACGGAUGGAUAGGCGUUCAUGGCGUUGUUCGGUGA